GUUGGAAAAACUGCAGUCACAACCUGGGAAGAGGGAGGAGUGUUUGGAGGCUGCAAAGAUGUGGAGGCUGCAGCUGCUCCCUGGGAGGAGGAAGUGGUGAAGCUGGUAGAUCCAGAGAAGGAAAGGAUAGCUGGAAGGUUAGGAAAGGGUUCAGGAAAAUGCAGCAAGGUAUGGGGUGGAACAGACUGAGUACUGACUAGAGAGUUCCCUAAAUUGGAACCUAGAGUAAAGGGUGGGUCUGGUUUCCACCACCCAGUCACUGGGGAAGUGGCAUCAGUGGAGCAGUGUGUAGGAAGACUGCCUGAGCCUGUUUGGCAGAAAAAAUCCCUCCCAUCCCGAGAAGGGGAAACCAUGGCAUUGGCCUAGCCAGAGGACUGAGUCAUAAAGAGGCCUCAGGAGCUCCUGGAGUAAGGGAGGGGCUGCAGACAAAGACUGAGGGUGGAGGGACAGCUUGCACCUGUGGGGAGAGCCGUUGACCUGAUGAGCUAUUCCCCACAAUCUCCAGGAGGAGGCACCAUACCUGUGACUGAAAAGAAAUACAUGUCAGAGGGAAUUUGUUUAAUCAUUUAGCAACUGAAACAAGCCAUAUCCCUAGCAAAAUAUUGGUUAGCGGAUAGAAAAUUGCUCUGAGGCAACAGCUCGUGUACCACGUUAUCGCUUGAUUGUAUUAUUGACAGAGUUUCCUGAAGCAUGGCUUAGAUUAAAAGCCGCGGCUUGCUAGAGAGUUCUGAUGGCUUGUAUGGAGCUUCUGUACGUCACCAAGAAGAGUAGGCGAUCGGAUCUGUGCAACAAUGUGGACAGGAGUUUGCAAGCCCCUCCCUGCGAACAGCAGAGAGAUGUGGACGAUAUGGGGGCUAGAACAGCAGCUGCGGUGGCAGCUCUCUGCUGCGAUAGGCACUGCAAGUCUACACAAAGGGCAGCCACAGCAGGUCCCACCCAAGCACCCCUUUCCUCCACUCCUACUCUCUCCUUCUCCUGGCAGCAUGCAGCAGCAUCAAGCAGCAUCCAGCCCUGCUGCCAGCCAGCUCACUUGGAUGGAGAAGAGGAAGCAGAAAAGAAGAGAGCCUGCUGCUGUGCCCAGGAACUGGAGACAUCGUUUACUUAUAUGGAUGAAAAUGUCAAUCUGGAGCAUACGAGAAAUGCCCCUUCUUCUGUGAAGAGUUGCUGCCAGGUUCCCCCUGCCCAGCAUAGCUCCUGUACAGAGAUCCCACCCGAAUGGGCUCAUGAUCCUCCCUCCCUUAUCGCUGAGGAAGAAGAUGAUACUGGAUCAGAAGCUGCUUCAGGGAACUCUGUAGACUAUGGGUUCAUUAGUGCCAUCUUGUUCCUGGUUAGUGGGAUUUUGCUAGUUAUUAUUUCCUAUGUGGUGCCCAGAGAUGUGACUGUGGAUCCUAACACUGUAGCAGCCAGGGAGAUGGAGCGACUGGAGAAUGAGAGCGCUAGAAUCGGGGCUCACUUGGAUAGGUGUGUGAUCGCUGGGCUAUGUCUCUUAACUCUGGGUGGUGUGGUGCUGUCCAGUUUAUUAAUGAUGUCUAUGUGGAAAGGGGAGCUGUACAGGAGGAACAGAUUUGCAUCCUCCCAGGAAUCUGCAAAGCUGUAUGGUUCUUUCAAUUUUAGAAUGAAAUCCAGCACAAAUGAUAAUACACUAGAGUUAUCAUUAGUAGAAGAAGAUGCAUUUGCCAUAGAUAAUUAGCACGGUCAUGAUUUUUAAGGCAGUAUAUCUACAGGAAAAUACGUUCUAUUAAAGAAAACAAAUACAGCUAAAGAUAGGUAGUAAUGCAGUUUAAUUGCCUGGCAAUACAUGUCUUUCCUGAAACUGAAUGUUUGCAUUAUAUGGACAUUUGUUUUUUAAGGAAAACCUGCUAGGGAUAAUGUAAUCAAUAUCAAUGACACUUUCUUAUUUAAACCACUGAAUACAAAUAAAUUGGUGAUAA